GUCAUCAAACUAAAGUUUUCGCUUUUUCGUGGCUUUUUCUUCAGCUUUUUGCUGUGUCUGUAAAAAUUUUAUUGGUUUGAAAACGUGUUAGGUUAAUUCUAGAAAACAUUUGAAACUUUCGCUAUACAAAAAUGGAUGAAGUAUUCCAAGAUCCUGUUCAUUUUUCUAAAGGAAUAAACCUAAGAGAACUCAUGACGUCAGCGACAGAGUUCCAUAUCGAUAUGGACUUCAAAAAGAAGCACGAUGAGUUGACCGAUGAUCUUUGUCCUAACUUUGAUGAUGACGAUGAUGAUGAUGGGGAUAACAUAGAAGAAGUGUUAAAGAACAUAGAAGAGUCGACGGACAAACUCAUGCUGUCGUCUCCGGAGUAUUUGUCCUUCAAGGAACUCUCUGCCAAGAUGAUCGAUUGCAUUCCCAGUGGGGAAGUGAAGAUUCUAAUCAUUGAAGAAGGUACGGGUCCCUUAGUUCCAGUAGACGCUCAAGUGACGAUCCAUUACGCAGCUUACUGGGAGAAGACCAAGAUUCCCUUCGAUUCAACACUCACUAUGAAUUCUGGUGCACCGUUGAAAAUCCGCCUCGGCUCCGGCCGCUGCCUCCCAGGCCUCGAAAUAGGCUUAACAACAGUCCGGGGCCCCACCGCCCGCUUCCACUUGCUAGUGGAGCCGCGUUUAGCUUGGGGCCCGCGGGGCGCGCUGCCCCGCAUUCGCCCUGAGCCGGCCCUGUUCGUCAUCUCGCUGUACGCUGUGAGAGACGUGCACGCUGCUGCAAGAUUCAACGAUCUCCCAAUGGAAGAACAAAAAAAAUUCGAAGUGACCGCCAAAACAGUGUCAUCCCUCCAUGCUCAAGCUAAAGAAUUAUUCGCGAAGAAAAGGUACAAAGAAGCCAUCAAAAACUAUCAGCAAUCUAUGUCUGUACUGAGGCUUUCUAUGCCAAAAGAUGAAAAUGAAGAGGCACAGAUUAAACAGUUCAAAAUCAGCGUAUACACCAACCUAUGUGUGUGUUACUGCAAGAUUAAGAAGCCAAAAUACGUUUUUAUAAUGUGUGAUAAUUUAGAUAGAAUAAGUAACCUUGAUAAUCAUUGUAAGGCUUUAUUUUACUGCGGUCGUGCACAUGAGAUGUUAAAUAAACACGAAUUAGCAAUCAAAUAUUACAAAAAGGCCCUGAAAUUGGAGCCGAAGAACAAAGAAAUAGGUAAAGCACUGGCCGCUAUUGAUGACUACGUAAAAAAAUCGGCCGAAAAAGAAAAAGAGCUGUGGCAAAACGCCUUCAGGGCGGCGCCGAAAAAAGAAAAAGUCACGUUUGACGUCGAUGAGGACUUCCAAAAUGGCGUCCGCGAGAUGUGUCAAGAUUUGGCGGGAAGGACGGAAUAUGCUAAGUUUGAUCUACCCACGGGUUUGACGAAGAAUGAAAUUGAUUGCAUUCAAAGCUUAGCUAGUGAUUUUGAAAGUCUGUUGGUGCAAAUCGACGGGGAGGGCAAGAAAAACAAGGUUUCUAUUAUCAAGAAACAAUUUUAAGGUUGUUUUUAUUAUGAAUUGUACAGUUAACGUUAAAAACGCUUAUUCUAUUAGGUAUUUUUCGUGUCUAUCGCUAUAAACGGAUUUACAUAACUAUUAAGUACAUUAGAAUAUGUAUUUCUUAUAAAUAAAUGUACUAGUAAAUGGUCAAUUAGAUUAGCCAACAAAUGGAGCGAUACGAGGCUAUUGGUUGUAUUUAAUACUUUAAUUAGCAAUAUUAGUACAAAGUCCGAUCGCCGAGCACGUAUAAUUUUGUCCAAUGACCACAAGCUACCCAUCCUUAUCACUCGCACGUAAUUAUAAUAUUGCUGUCACGACUGUGCGACGGGCGACCGCAGUGAGUGUGCGAGCGCGACAGCAAUAUAAUUAUGCACGAGCGAUAAGGAUGGGUAGCUUGGGGUCAUUGGACGCAAUUUUCCGUGCUCGGCGACCGGACUAGUAGUGAAAAUCUAUAAAAGCAAAUGUGUUUUAAGUUUUAUAUGUAAGUUUUACACUAUCUUAAAUAAGUAUGUAGUUAGAAAUGUGCUUACAACCCGGUUGAGUUAACUGCGCUCCUGGCUGCCGUGACGUCACAUCGACGUAGUAGCAUUCCAGCGAGUAACUCGAUCGGGUUGUAAAAUAGUGAUAUUACUUUGUUAUGAAAAUUGUACUUAUUUUUUACUGUUUUAUAGUUUUUAUAAUGACGAAACGUCCUUAUUUUUACUCAAGUGCCAUACUUUUUUAUUCCACUAUGUAAGUUAACUGACGAAUAAAUAAAACGCUUUUGAUUA